AUGAUAUUAAUACCACCAUUAUUUACUGCUGCAACUUUUCUUGCCGUAUAUCGAUUUGUCAUUAAUUUUACUGAUUUGCCAUAUUCUAAUGAGCUAAACCAUCCAUAUACCAAGCAAUUUAUUCAUACCAGCCGACAAAUCUCAGAUGCUCUUCGAGCUAUUUUAGCAACAUUACCUGGCCAACGCAAUAUUUCUGUCAUUAGUUACAGGUAUCAACAAGUAAUUGGUACUUUGGUAACGGUCGAGAUAGCAUCACGGAAAAGUCAACCGAAACUGAGGAAAACUAUCGAAAAGGCAAUACGAACGGGAAAAAUCGGAGAAUAUGCCGUUGGUUUCGAUGGCUACCAAUAUUACACAUUGAAGGGUCAUUAA